GAUCCAGUUGCUUUAUGACCACCUCCAAUCUCCCAAAAGUGGGUGGGUGUAUGUAGUCUGCUUUUUCUCCUUCUCUCUCAACAUCUCCACAAACUUUCCCUUUUCUUGAUAUCAUCUAAUGGAUGCUGCUCAGUGGUCGGAGGGAUUGGGAAUGGUGAAAUCCAUGGAAGAAAAGAAAACUAUUAGAGCACAAAAGCCACAAGCUUUGAACUGUCCAAGGUGCAAUUCUGCACACACAAAGUUUUGUUACUACAACAAUUACAGCCUCUCUCAGCCAAGGUAUUUUUGCAAAACUUGUAGAAGGUAUUGGACUGAAGGUGGAUCUCUCAGAAAUGUUCCGGUCGGUGGUGGAUCACGGAGGAACAAGCGAUCAUCAUCAUCAUCAUCAUCAUCAGUACCACCACCAGCAGCAGCAGCAGCUUCGAUAUCCAAGAAUCAGCACCAGAUGAUGAUGGGCCCACCAAUACCAAGUUUGAUCGCACAAAACCCUAGCAAGACUAUCAUCCAAAAUCAUGGUGGUCAAGGUCAAGGUCACGGUCAAGACCUAAACCUAGGUUAUACAAACGUUUCUCUUCAAUUUGGUAACUUGCCCUACAAUCCAAACACCACAACCACCUCCAGUUCAUCACAGUUCUCAGCCAUGGACUUCUUGAAAAGUGGAUUUGCUGAUCCCAGACAGGUGAUGAUGAACUCGUUACCCAACACCAUGAUCAUGAAUUCUCCUGCAGGUUUGAAUUUUUCUCUUGAUGGGUUUGAAAAUGGUGGGGGUUAUCAUCAUCAUCAUCAUCAACAUCAUCAUCUACAAGGAGGGGGUGGGGUAACCAAUCAUCAAGGCACCAUGAGUACCAUAACUACAACUGCUGGUACAAGUGAAAAUGCAAGGAUUUUAUUCCCUUUUGAAGAUUUGAAGCCUAUUUCAACCACAAAUAGUGAAUUGCUUGAAGCAACUAGAGGGCAAGGAGAAUCUUCUAGUGGGUAUUGGGGUGGAGGGUUAGGAGGCGGAUCAUGGUAAAUAUAUAACCGAUCGAUCAAGAUCAGAAAGAAGUUGAUGAAUUUGAGUUCGAGUUUUACUUUAAUUUUCGUGAUUUUAAUUUGUUUUUGAACUGUAGAAAUUGUGGGUUAAUUAUAUUAUAGUAAUUAUGCAUGUAAUUUUACAAAACCAGGUUUGCUUCA